AUGGUUAUCAAUUAAUUGCAUAUAUUAUUAUUAUUCUUGACAAUAAUUAAUUGGUAUAUUUCUAACUUUAGCUAUUGCCUUAUUAAAAACUUGCUCAGUAAUAAUAAAAUUCCUCUUAAAUUUAUGAAUUAAAUUCAAGCUGUUGUUAAAAUUAAAUAGCUAGGCGAUCAAGAAAUUCUACUGCCAAAACGCGAUUAAAUAAUUGCUUCUGUUAGGAGCCAGCGGUGUUAGAGAAACAAAUAUGAAGGCGUUUUAAUAAAGUGA